UUCAACACCCCCAAGUUAAAAAAAGAUUAAAGCUUUUGCACAAAGGAACCACCGGAAAUUUUUUUUUUUUUUAAAUGGCGAAAUUAUUCAUCAAGCAAGCAGAGCAAUACGCAGCAGCCCGACCAAAUUAUCCGAUCAAACUCUUUGAAUUCAUAGCAUCGAAAACUCCGAGCCACGACCUUGCUUGGGACGUAGGCACUGGUAGCGGACAGGCCUCACGAUCGCUGGCCGGAAUAUACAAGAACGUAAUUGCUACGGACACGAGCUGUAAGCAACUUGAAUUUGCUGCAAAGCUUCCCAACGUGCGUUACGAGCUCACUCCACCGACGAUGUCUACAUCGGAGAUCGAGAAGCUAGUGGCACCAGAAUCAUCAGUCGAUUUAGUGACAAUCGCACAAGCUCUUCACUGGUUCGACCUCAAGACCUUUUACAGCAACGUGAAGCACGUGCUCAAGAAACCAAACGGAGUAAUCGCCGCCUGGUGCUACACCAACCCCGAGGUUAACGCCGCCGUGGACGAUGUUUUUCAGCGGUUUUACGAUGAGAAACUUGGUCCUUAUUGGGAUAAAGCGAGGAGGCUUGUGGAGGAUGGGUACAGAGGAAUUGAAUUCCCCUUCGAGAAGAUCGAAGACGAUGAUGAGUCAACGGAAAGUAAAAAUUUCCCGGUAAAGUUCGUGACGGAGAGAGAAAUGGUGUUUCAAGAGUUCAUGACUUAUCUGAGGUCAUCUUCGGCAUAUCAGACGGCUAAGGAGAAAGGUGUGGAGCUUUUGACGGCGGAGAUGGAAGGAGAGUUUGCUGAUUCCUGGAAAGAAGAUGGGAUUGAGAAGAAAGUUGUUAGGUAUCCGAUUCAUUUGCUGAUCGGUAGAGUUGGACAACACCGUGUCUGAAUUGAUAUUUUCGUCCAACAUCUUGUCGUCACACGCAAGAGAGACACUAUUUUUGUUUUGUUUUUAAUCGAUGGACAAAAUAAACGUGACUCGUGUUUGCAUUAGAUAGGAAAUGGGACCAUUAAUAAGUGACGAUGAUAGAAGUUGACGUUAAGACAGACCCGUGUUCAUGUUUUAUGUUUUGUAGUUCCAGCUUUCCUGGGGA